CAGAACAAAUAGUGCGUCAGCGACGUUUGUAGGUAGAUAAUAAACAACGCGUGUCCCUGACCGCGACUAAUCUCAACUCUCCACAAAGCCAUGGCUGCUUACUAGCCAUCUGCUCAUAGCGGGAAGUAGCCGACGCUUUCUUCCAGUGCUCACCGCGCGGUCACGAGCGACGAACGUAACGCAGUGAAAGGUGUGGUAUAUAACAAAAAACGCCGAGACAACAGCCAGUUAAAAUGAGACUCGCGCUCUGCCUGCUCGCGGUCGCGGCUCUCGCGGCCGCCGAGGCCCCGGACGAGCCCUGGGUCGAGGAGGAGGACUUGGACGAGCAUUACAGGGAUUACGACGAGCACGACAGGAGCAAACGGGACGCGUAUGUCCCGGGACCGCAGGAUGAGCAUUACAGGGUUAAACGCUACGAGGAUAGACGUCCACUCCCCGAAGAGAACAGCAGGGUUAAACGCUCCGACGAAGGAAGUUAUGUUCGGAAUCCACGUCAAGUGCACCAGUACGAGGUCCACGAGGCCGUAGAAGAUGCAGCAGCAUCGGCGCCGCCGUACGAGGAGAUGUUGGCGGCGAGCGCAGAACACUACCAUAAGGUGUACGCGCCGGCUCCCAGGCCGAGGUAUCUCAACCCCGAAGUGAGUGCCGGGCCUCUGACGUUUGGUGUGCACGCUGAUCCCAUUCAAGUCGCGCCGGCUCCGGCCUACGUGCCUAACCUCAUUAACCCUCAUGCUAAUUUGUCCCCCGAGGGAAUUCCGGCCCAGUUGUCACCAGUUCAAGGCCCAUCCGUGGCCCAAGCUUCUGAAGCUCAAGAUCCAUCGGUAGCCCGUUACUCUCAAGGACCAUCAGUAGUCCAGGCUUUCCCUCAAAGUCCAUCAUUGUCCCAGGGUUAUACUCGGGGACCAUCACCCCAGGCUUAUCCUCAGGGCCUAUCGCAGCCCCAGGCUUACGCUCAAGCAUCCCUGGCCCAAUCAGACCAGGACUCAUCACCAGCUGCCGCUCAUCAUCAGCAAGUUCAUCACCCUCACGCGCAUGAACACGCGCAGGGCGGCGGAAACAACCAUCAUGGAAAACAUCAUGCUCACCAAGGUGGUAAGACGGUAAAAGGCUUCAAGACGGAUCAUCACGUGGACAAAGGCGGGAAAGGCCACAAGACCAAAGAGCACCAUCGCAAGGAGUACGAGGAUGCUGCCGGCCAGAAGAAGAAGCACCAUGACCACGCUGACCACAAGGGCAGUCAUGAGGAGCAGGCCCAUGGACACCGCGGCGCCAAGUUCGACGAGAAGAAAGGGCACAAGAAAGGACAUAAGACGAAAGGUUUCCACAACAAAUACCACAAAGAUGAGUUCCACAAGGAGCACAAAUUCUACGACGACUACCACAAGAGCGGCGAGCACCACCGCUACGGCAAAUUCAACGCGAAGCACGCCAGCAAUGAGAGCGGCAAGAAGAAGGCGCACCACGUCAACGCAGGACAUGACUUUAUCGAGAAGGGCAAGAAGGGAUACAGUAACAAGGGCCACGUUGACGCUGACCACAAAGGCUACGACGGCAAACGUGGUCAUGAGGAGCAUCACGAGCAUCAUGGGUCACACGGCAAGAAGGGAGCGAAAGAAGGAGGAUCACACUGGGGAUAUGCUAAGAAGAAUUAGAAAAAGGGAAAGGAAAAGAAGGUAUUACAGAGGAAAUAGAGAACAGAGCUCAAAAGAAAGAAGGCUAGUUUAUAAAAAUAUUAUAGAUGUUAUUUAAAAUGCUAUUAGAUAGAAGUAAGUAAGAGAGAGAGAAAAGAAACUUGCAUCAACUGGAGUUUAUAUAUAUUAAUUUUUCUUUCAGAAUUUUUGCUGGGUUUCUUUUUUCUUUCCUCCAUUUUCAAAGUAUUAAUAAUUGUAAUAAGAAUUGUAAUAUUUAUAUUUUGAAACCAAAUACAAUUCAUAAUGUGACUUUAGAUAAGUUUAUUUUAAUUUAUAGGAGUCUCAAUUUAGCAGUAGGUUUCUAUGCUUUAGUCAAUUUACAAGAGACAUUUGGAACUGUUAUUUUAUUACAUUUUUUAUCUUACAUCUAUUUUAAUAUUAUAUUUUAACAUUAUUAUUUUCUAUUGUUUUCUUCCCUUAAUUUUAUUUAAGUUUAUUUAUGUUCAAAAUGAAAUAUACAAAGAUUGCAAUGAAAUUGUUAAGCCAAUGUUUGCGGCAAAUGUUUCCAAACCUCAAUUACACAGCGCAUUAGAAAACAAAACAAUUUGGCCACGACGUCACAAAAAACUAAUUGAAAAACUUGUUCUUCUAUUAAGUGACCGCAUCUAAUGCUGAGGUUAAAAAAGGUAAUGGAACAUCAUCAUUUCGAAAGAUUUUACGAGUUCACCUAUUUUCUAUCCCGCAAAAUAUUGUGAAUUUAUGUAAUAAAUGUAUAUAUUUUUGGU